AUGGGCAAUUGUGGUUCUUGCAAAUCAAAGUCCAAAGCCACUGCUAAAUUAGUCCAUUUAGAUGGCGAGCUCGAAGAAUUCUUCUCUCCUAUUAAAGUCUCUAACUUAGAAAACUCUGCUGCCACUACUUUUAUAUGUAAUUCAGAUGAAAUGGAAUUUGAUGAAUAUGUUACAGCACUUGGUGAUAACGACCAGCUUCUGCUUGGUAAGCUUUACUUCGAGUUGCCAAUGAAUUGGUUGACACAACGCCUUCAGGCAGAGGACAUGGCUAAUUUGGCCGUUAAAGCAAUUGAAGCAAUAAAAACAAGUGGUGGAAAGAGUUCAUGUGGUUUUUGUAGGAUGAAAAAUGAUCCCUUGAUGUUUUUUCAUGAGGGAGAAAAUGUCAAGUACUCGAGGCUGCAUGAUCACAAGGAAGCGUGCAAACAAAACAAGUUUACUGCUAACUUAAGUGUGAUUCUUGAAGAGUGA